AUGCUCGACAAGAUUUUAGCUUCGAGGGCGGGUCUGCAGUCGACGAAUGACUUUAGCAAAUACCACAAGAGGGCCACGCGCAAGGUGGCUAAGCUCAGGCGGCGGCUGGAUCUGGUCCAGCGCCCGCAAAAGGGCCAGGCUUCCCCGCCCAAACCGCUCGUCGACGCUGCCCACUCUGUAGUAGCGCUGUGGCUUGCUGAGCGGGCCUGGGCCGCUGGCAUGGGGCUGCGUUCCGCUUUGGAGGCCACGGAUUCUCCGCUGCUCAAGCGCCAGAUGCUGUCCAAGCUGGCCAAGGCCCGCAAGUACGCCAAUCGGGCGGCUGCUCUAGACGACGCCAGCUCCCACACCGAGCUCGGCCGUUUGGAAAUCCUGUUGUACGACACCAUGGUUUCCAUGGAUCUGGCCGUUCAGCAGAAAAACUGGGACGCCGUAGUCGAGUUGGGCAGCGCUGCUCGCGUGGGCUGUGACGUCAUGGCCAAGAAAACAAACGAGCCUCUGUUUGGGGACGUUGUAGCGGCGACAAUUGAUCCGGCGCUGCGAUUUGCUGCCCAAAGAACUGGCCGGGUCAAGGCUGAUGUCCAGCGGCUCGCUGCGUCGGUCGCUGACUCUCAAACCAGCCCUUUGGUGGCCGAGAUUCGCCGCGUCGACGCCAAGGCACUCCAAGUCGAUGCAGUCGCUCCCGUCGAGCAGCUCGGCGUUAUCAGGUGGCGCCACCAUGAAGCACACGUUGUCAACGCUGAUUUGGCCCAAGCCAUUCUGCAGGCGCGUUCCAAAACCUCGUCUUUGCCCACGCCUCGCGACGCCGCUAAUUACGACGAUGUUCUGCUGGCCUGGCAGGAAGCUUCCGACGCCGCACACGACCUUAUCUCUGCCGCCGAAGCCAAAAACACAAACUCCGACGAAGCAAGCCAGAGUCUGUAUAUUGUUGCAACCUAUAUCGACUACACGGUGCUGGUGAACCGGAUCGAGCGCGACAUGUUGAUUAUAGAAGGUACCGAGCCAACGCUUACGGGACUUCGAGACUCUGUGCGUAUUUAUGACAGUAUUUUGCAGAGCUGCGAACAGCUGCUGGAGCUCCCUGGUGUUUACAACGACGACGAGCUGUCUACCUCCCUCGAGUCGCUCAAGGCUUACUUUGCCUCUCGCCGAUGCGAAACCGUAGCACGUGGCUAUGCUGCAGUCGACAACCACGCUGCUGCGUUGGCCCUAGUUGUGCGGGCCAAGUCCCUCGUUGCUGAUUCCAUCUCUGUCGAUGAGCUGCCGGUUAGCGCGUCGCAAGUGGAAAAAUGGCGGUCGCAGCUCGAUGGUUUAGUGACAAAGCGCCACGGCCUCGCUGCACUACUUGCUGGUGGCUCUUCCCAGGGCUUUGUUUCUGAUAAUAUCGGUGUGCACCCCGUUGGUCCACCGGAAAAAGUGCUGUCUCGUCUGGCCAACCUCGAGGGCCGGCUCCAGCCUGUGCCUGCCAAGCCCGUCUUUUACGACAUGGCCUUCAACUAUCUUGAUGUCGAAGACGACGAGCACUACGAGCCUGCUGCCCCAGCACCCAAAAAGCUAUUCGGUUUGUUCUAA